AUGUUGGAGGAAAAGGGCAACACGUACAGACCGCUUCAGGAAGUUAAAAACCGCUACGUCUGCAGAGGGAGGUUUUGCUGCGGACAGAAGGAAAAAAUACCCCUGACAACCUAUGAACCGUAUUCCUCCAAAAAGAGUCACAAGACUAAGGGAAUUCAACUUGUUCGAAGAACGUGAGCGGGACAGUGUAGAUUACGAUUUUGAAAAUGAGCACACGAUAACUAAAUUCGCUAGUUUUGGGAAUUUAUGUUAAAAACAAAAACAAGCGAGAAAAACAAGGCACGCCGAAAUACUCCCACACGUUGCCGAGAUUGAUAGUUGUCGUUUUUGUUUGGCAACAUCUAUCUUUUGCAGAAGAGGACUGUCUUGCUGGAAAUGUCUGUGCGGUACAGCCCGGAGUCAGAGCCUAAACAGGCUAAUGGCGUUGAGGCCAAUGGGAAAGAGGAGACCAAUAUACAGAUUGAUGAUGGCAAAGAGGAGAGCGUUGAACCUGACACCAUGUACCAGCGAAUCCGAAAGAAGAUUACUCCAUUCGUGAUGUCCUUUGGGUUUCGGAUGUUCGGUGUGGUGCUGAUAAUCGUUGACAUCAUCCUGGUCAUCGCUGACCUGGCCAUGCCCACCCGCAGCCGGGAGGUGGGAGACGCGCUGGAGGCGGUGUCCCUGGCUAUCUCGCUUUUCUUCCUGGUGGAUGUCCUCCUCCGGAUCUAUGUGGAGGGGUUCAAGGUGUACUUCAGCUCCAAACUGAACAUCCUCGACGCCUGCAUUGUGGUUAUCACUCUGGUUGUUACUAUGAUCUACACUUUUACUGACCUGACUGGGCCCAGCCUUAUUCCCAGGAUGGUGUCCUUCCUGAGGGCACUGAGGAUCCUCAUCCUGGUGCGUAUCUUCAGACUGGCUGCACAGAAGAAGGAGCUGGAGAAGGUCACUAGGAGAAUGGUCUCGGAAAACAAAAGGCGGUACCAGAAAGACGGGUUUGAUCUGGACCUCACCUAUGUCACAGACCGUGUCAUUGCCAUGUCAUUCCCCUCAUCUGGGAAACAGUCUUUCUAUAGGAACCCAAUCAGAGAGGUGGCAAGGUUCCUGGACACCAAGCAUGCAGAUCACUACAAAGUGUACAACCUUUGCAGUGAGAAAGGCUAUGAUCCCCAGUUCUUCCACUACAGGGUGGAGCGGGUGUUCAUUGGUGACCACAAUGUUCCUACUCUAGGAGACAUGCUGAAGUUCACUGCUGACGUUAGGGAGUGGAUGGCAGCUGACCCCAGCAACAUCAUCGCCAUCCACUGUAAAGGAGGCAAGGGACGGACUGGGACCAUGGUCUGCACCUGGUUGAUUGACAGUGACCAGUUUGAGAGUGCACAGGACAGUUUAAAUUACUUUGGGGAGCGGAGGACAGAUAAAAGCAUGAGUUCCAAGUUCCAGGGAGUGGAGACCCCCUCGCAGAGCAGAUAUGUGGGUUACUAUGAAAUUAUGAAGAACCAAUACAACAGGCAACUGCCCCCAGAGAAGAGUCUGAAAAUAAGGAGCGUCCGAAUCCAUUCUAUACUGGGUGUGGGGAAGGGCAACGGCAGUGACCUGAAGGUGAAGAUCAUUGUUAAGCAGGAGACAGUGUUCCAGUGCGUCUGCGGCAAACAGGAGAACUGCCUGCUGUUCCCAGACCCUGGCAAUAAUGAAGUAGUCAUCAGUUUACAGGAGGGGCCGGUGGUCAGUGGUGAUGUCAAGGUCAUGUUCGAGUCCAGUGCUGGUCUUCCUAAGGGAUAUGAAAACUGCCCUUUCUACUUCUGGUUCAACACUUCAUUUGUACAAAAUAACACGCUUUAUCUGUCGAGGGAUGAGCUGGACAACCCACACAAGCCCAAAACCUGGGAAAUCUACAAGGAAGACUUUGGUCUGACUCUGUCGUUCUGUGACCCUUAACCGCAGUUGUUCUGCACAAGAUUUUCAGUUCCUGCAUGCUUCAGUCUUUUGUGUUCUAGGAUGACCACUUGGCAACAGGACGUUCUAACGUUGUUUGUGUUGCAAGCGAUGGGUGUUCUGGUUCUCAGUCUUCUUACCACACCCCCUCAUAUACGUUCAUGCUGAACCAGCAAAUCAGUGGGACACUGAACAUCAACUUUGGCAGUCAGAACUCUAAACGAUUAGCACACUGAGCUGACUGAUCCGUACAUAGAAUAUCUGUGCAUAAUACCUUCUGUCAGCCAUGGUUUGUUCUAAACCCCUCGUGUUGUUAAGCUUAAGGUUUCUUUCAUUCGGAAAUCCACUUUCUUAGUUUUCACUUCCAGGCACUGAACUGUUGACCACCUCCUUGUUGAGCGUGGACUAUUGUUUUUUUUAAUAUACAGUAUAUAUUUUUUAUGUUUUUUGAAAAUUCUGUGAAAAGGGAAGAUUGUGAUAAAAGGGAUGUGAUACUGUUACUUAAGAAAACACAUUGCCAAUGAAGUACUGAUGUUACAAAUCUCUUGUACUUUGUCACUCCUGGUACACAAUUGAUGUACUGUAUGUAAUUUAGCAGUAACUGGGGGCUGUAUUUGUUACACUCCAUUUUGUGCAAAAUGAAAUAUGUGAGGCUGUUACAGUAUUUGUGAACAUUAUCAGUAUAUACAAUGAAAUUAUGCUACUUGAACUACACCUCCAUGUUUCAUUUAAUUAUUCAGUAUGCCAAGUAUGCCAGUAGGUGUAAUACAGUUAUAUGUGGUUUAGUAUUGGGAUCAUUAAAAUAGUAUUAGUGUAAAGGGAGAUCUGUUCAGGUCAGCAUGUUUGCAUGUUAUAAAUAUACUGAACACCAGCAUCAGACGGCACGUAUCGAAAUUUACUGGGUGACUUGAACACAGUCAUGAAUUAGUGUCAUUCCAUGCUGAAACUUAAAGGGAAUACAAAAACACUCAAGAUCUAAAGAACUGUAAUCUGUCUUUAAGGUGUCUUUUUCUUUUGUUUAAAAUAAAAUUAAGAAUGAACAACAUGA